AUGUAUCAGAUGUUACUAGAGGCACUUUCUCUUAAAGACACAUUCUGGGAAGCAAUUUCAAAAAAGCAUAACAUCAGCGAAGAAGGAGACUGUUGCGGCAGUAACAGUUUACAACUUGAGCGUAUAGAUGUAUUUUAUAAUGAAAACUUUACGAAAAAAUAUGGUUUCAUUGGAAAGGGAUACUACAUAAAGGACUCUGAAUUAGUUCAGCAGGUUAUAAAUGUAGUGCGUAAAGAAGCUGAGCUUGCCGAUUGCGGUACUUGCUCUGAGCUUGGCUCCCUGCUGUUUCUCAAGAUUCGUGAAGAAUAUCCUGAUCGAAUUAUAAGCACACAUUCUGUUUUACCUUUUCCCAAACUGCUAUUUCUCCAUCAGAUAGUCAAAAACAAUGAUGCUACUUUCUGUAUUGAUAAUGAAGCCCUUGAUAUCACCUGUUUCUGCACGCUUAGAUUAAUCAACCCUGGCUAACUAGAAUUGAACCAGCGUGUCUCUACUGUUAUGUCAGGUGUAUUCACUAGUCUUCGUUUCCCUAAUCCACUCAACUUGGACCUGUG